GGCACCUUGCUGGGCAUUUCUUCCACCAGUGCGUGGAGUGGCUGGGGUCUGCCCUCCCCUGAACACCCUUCUCCUGCAGGUAGCCGCCUGCCCGGCCCAGCGCCAUGCACACGUUGGUGUUCCUGAGCACGCGGCAGGUGCUCCAGUGCCAGCCAGCUGCCUGCCGGGCCCUGCCCCUGCUGCCACGUGAGCUUUUCCCGCUGCUGUUCAAGGUGGCCUUCAUGGACAAGAAGACAGCCGUGCUGCGUGAGCUGGUGCACACGUGGCCCUUUCCUCUACUCAGCUUCCAGCAGCUGCUGCAGGAGUGUGCCCACUGUAGCCGUGCCCUGCUGCAGGAGCGGCCCAGCACAGAGAGCGUGCAGGCCGUGAUCCUGGGGCUCACUGCCCGGCUCCACACACCGGAGGCCGAGGCUGAUGCUGGCACACAGCCCCUCUGCAGGAAGCACGUUCUGCGUGUGCUGGACAUGACGGGCCUUCUGGAUGAUGGUGUGGAGCAGGAUCCUGGCACCAUGAGCAUGUGGGACUGCACUGCAGCCGUGGCCCGCACCUGCAUUGCCCAGCAGCAGGGGGCCGCUGUGGAGCCGGGGCCGGCGCCCACCCCUGUGGAGGUUCGUGUGGACCUGCGCGUGAACCGGGCCUCUUAUGCCUUCCUACGGGAGGCGCUCCGAAGCAGUGUGGGCAGCCCGCUGCGUCUCUGCUGUCGCGAUCUGCGGGCUGAGGACCUGCCCAUGCGCAACACGGUGGCCCUGCUACAGCUCUUGGAUGCGGGCUGCCUUCGCCGCGUGGACCUGCGCUUCAACAACCUGGGCCUGCGUGGCCUGUCAGUCAUCAUCCCACAUGUGGCCCGCUUCCAGCACCUGGCCAGCCUGCGGCUGCACUACGUGCAUGGAGACUCACGGCAGCCCUCUGUGGAUGGCGAGGACAACUUCCGCUACUUCCUGGCCCAGAUGGGGCGCUUCACCUGUCUGCGGGAGCUCAGCGUGGGCUCCUCUCUGCUCUCGGGGCGGCUGGACCAGCUGCUCAGCACCCUGCAGAGCCCCCUGGAGAGCCUGGAGCUGGCCUUUUGUGCCCUGCUGCCCGAGGACCUGCGCUUCCUGGCCCGGAGUCCCCAUGCUGCGCACCUCAAGAAGCUGGACCUGAGCGGCAAUGACCUGUCUGGGAACCAGCUGGUGCCCUUCCAGGGCCUCCUGGAGGCGGCAGCAGCCACACUGCUGCACCUGGAGCUGACGGAGUGCCAGCUGGCUGACACCCAGCUGCUAGCCACGCUGCCUGCCCUGACUCACUGUGUGGGCCUCCGCUACCUUGGCCUCUAUGGCAACCCGCUGUCCAUGGCAGGCCUCAAGGAGCUGCUGCGGGACUCGGCAGCACAGGCUGAGCUGCGCACUGUAGUGCACCCCUUCCCUGUGGACUGCUAUGAGGGCCUGCCCUGGCCACCGCCUGCCUCCGUCUUGCUGGAGGCCUCUAUCAAUGAGGAGAAGUUUGCCCGCGUGGAGGCUGAGCUGCACCAGCUGCUUCUGGCCUCGGGCCGUGCUCAUGUGCUCUGGACCACAGACAUCUACGGGCGCCUGGCCGCGGAUUACUUCAGCCUGUGACUGCCGGAUUCUGGUCCAGGUGGCUGUCCUGAGAUCCAGGGCAGGCACAGCUGUUGCUGGGACCUUGCUGAGGUCUCCAGGACCCACUCAAAGGCACUUGUCUCAGGUCUCCUCCACGUUCCUGCUUCCCUUUCCACAGGCUCUGUCUCGCUCCUGUCCACGCCCGCGGCAUGCCACACAGGGUGGCCCUGACCUGACCACCCAUGGCCCCAAGGCUUGCAGCAACCCUGCUGGUUGGCUGCACUCGUUGGCCCUCCUGGGUUGUGGCCCUUUUCACAGAAUACUCCUUGGAUCCCAGCUGUAAACUUGCCAGGUUUUGUCUCUAGGUCUUUCCCGCCCCCUUCCCAAGAGCCAAGUGCCCUGGGGAUGAAGUUGGGGGAGGCGUCUGUUCCAGGGUCUGGACUCUGGGUUCUCCCUGCUCCCCUCACCCGAGCACCCAGGACACUCCUGUCCUGCACCACCUCAGCCGGCCUUAGCAGUGGGGCCUGGGAGGAGGAAUGUUAACAAGGUGGGAAACGUCCAGCGUGUUUGCAACUUGUAUUUGUGGCUGUGUUGUUCUUAUUAGCUGAGUGAGUCGUGCCAUCCUGGCUCCCCUCUGGUCCCCAGCACGGCAUUAGCUAACUUCUGCCAUCCAGCCUCUUGUCACCACCCCUACCCCCGGCUUU